ACACUUCCUAGAAACAGCCGGCGCGCUCAACCCCGCCUGAACUUUCCCCGCGGACGCGGCUCCGCUCGCUGACAGCUCCCCAUCCCCGCAGGCGGAUCGGCAGCUCCUGGUGGGAAUGGCACCUCUUGUUUUUAAUUAGCAGGGCGGAAGGUGAAUGAAAACGAGCUGUUUGGCAAGUCGGUGCAAGAGGCGGACCGUGAGAGGCUGGGGAGCCGGCGAGGAGCGCUCCCCGGGGGAGGAAGGCAGCGCGUGUGCCGGGGGCUCCGGCUGCACCAACUGCCGGCAGAAGUGACUGCAAACCCAGUUUCUCCCUGGGUCCACCGCGUCGCUCCCGGAGAGAGCGCAGGGCAUGGCUCUGAAGACUCGCUCCUCGGAAUGUCCUCUUGCUCCGGGCUUGUAAACAACUGUCCGGGGGGAAAGAAAGGUUUUGCAUAUCCAAAUACCGCCUGGCAAAUGGCACUGGGGGACUGUGCUUUCUGAUGACAAGGCGUGCGGUUUCUGACAAAGCCUCUCCCGCGCUGCCCCCGGAGGGGAAUCCUAAGUGAAACUCAGCCCGCCUGCCACCGAGGAUCGGAGGGCUGGCAGGGGAGCGGCAGCAUGGCAUCGCCCGGCGCCCUUCUCACCUGGCUGCUGUGGGCCGACUUCCUGGAGCUCUGGACGGGAGGGCACACAGCUGACACCGCUCAGCCCCGGUUACGCCUGACCCAUAGAGAGCUCUUGGAAUUAAACAGAACAUCAAUCUUUCAUAGUUCUUUUGGAUUUCUUGAUCUCCAUACAAUGCUGCUGGAUGAAUAUCAAGAGAGACUCUUUGUGGGAGGCAAGAAUCUUGUGUAUUCCCUCAGCUUGGAGCAAAUCAGCAAUGGCUAUAGAGAGAUACACUGGCCCAGUACAGCACAAAAAAUAGAAGAAUGCAUAAUGAAAGGAAAAGAUGCAAGUGAAUGUGCAAAUUAUGUUCGGGUUUUGCAUCACUACAACAGGACACACCUCCUGACCUGUGGCACUGGAGCUUUCGACCCACUUUGCACCUUCAUCAGAGUUGGGUACCAUAUGGAGGAUCCCCUGUUUCACCUGGAGUCACACAGGUCUGAGAGAGGAAGGGGCAGGUGUCCUUUUGAUCCCAACUCCUCCUUCAUCUCCACUUUAAUCGGCAGUGAACUGUUUACUGGACUCUACAGCGACUACUGGGGCCGAGACGCUGCCAUCUUCCGGGGCAUGGGGCGACUGGCCCACAUCCGCACCGAGCAUGAUGACGAGCGCCUGUUGAAAGAACCAAAAUUUGUAGGUUCAUAUAUGAUUCCUGACAAUGAAGAUCGAGAUGACAACAAAGUGUAUUUCUUUUUUACUGAGAAGGCCCUGGAGGCAGAAAACAAUGCCCAUGCAAUUUACACCAGAGUGGGGCGACUUUGCAUGAAUGAUGUGGGAGGCCAGAGAAUACUGGUGAAUAAGUGGAGCACUUUCCUAAAAGCGAGACUGGUUUGCUCAGUACCAGGACUGAAUGGAAUUGAUACAUAUUUUGACGAACUAGAGGAUGUUUUUCUGCUGCAUACCAGAGAUCAUAAGAACCCACUGAUAUUUGGACUCUUCAACACUACCAGCAAUAUCUUUCGAGGACAUGCUAUAUGUGUCUAUCAUAUGUCUAGCAUCCGGGCAGCUUUUAACGGACCAUAUGCACAUAAGGAAGGACCUGAAUACCACUGGUCACUCUAUGAAGGGAAAGUUCCUUAUCCAAGGCCGGGUUCUUGUGCCAGCAAAGUGAAUGGGGGGAGGUACGGAACUACGAAAGACUACCCCGAUGAUGCUAUCCGAUUUGCAAGAAGCCAUCCACUUAUGUACCAGCCCAUAAAACCUGCCCAUAAAAAGCCAAUACUGGUGAAAACUGAUGGAAAAUAUAACCUGAAACAAAUAGCAGUGGAUCAAGUAGUAGCGGAGGACGGCCAAUAUGAUGUCUUGUUUAUUGGGACAGAUAAUGGAAUUGUGCUGAAAAUAAUCACAAUUUACAACCAAGACACAGAAUCAAUGGAAGAAGUAAUUCCAGAAGGAUUUCAGAUAUUCAAGGAUCCAGUUCCUAUUAUUUCUAUGGAGAUUUCUUCAAAGAGACAACAGCUGUAUAUUGGAUCUGCUUCUGCUGUGGCCCAAGUCAGAUUCCAUCAGUGUGACCUGUAUGGAAGUGCUUGUGCUGACUGCUGCCUGGCUCGAGACCCUUACUGUGCCUGGGAUGGCAUAUCCUGUUCCCGGUAUUACCCAACAGGCACACAUGCAAAAAGGCGGUUCCGCAGACAAGACGUCCGGCAUGGAAACGCAGCCCAGCAGUGCUUUGGCCAGCAGUUUGUCGGGGAUGCUUUGGAUAAGACUGAAGAGCGACUGGCAUAUGGCAUAGAGAACAACAGUACGUUGCUGGAAUGCACUCCACGGUCUUUGCAAGCAAAAGUGAUCUGGUUUGUACAGAAAGGACAUGACACAAGGAAAGAGGAGGUAAAGACAGAUGAUAGAGUGGUUAAGAUGGACCUCGGUUUACUCUUCCUAAGGGUGCGCAAAAUGGAUGCUGGUACAUAUUUUUGCCAGACAGUAGAGCACAGUUUUGUCCACACUGUCCGUAAAAUCACCCUGGAGGUCGUAGAAGAGGAGCGCGUGGAGGAGAUGUUUAACAAAGACUACGAAGAGGACAGGCCUCCCAAGAUGCCCUGUCCAGCUCACAGCAGUAUCCCGCACGGAGCAAAGCCGUGGUAUAAGGAAUUCUUGCAGCUGAUUGGUUAUAGCAACUUCCAGAGAGUGGAAGAAUACUGUGAAAAGGUCUGGUGCACAGAUAAGAAGAGGAAAAAGCAUAAAAUGUCACCUUCCAAGUGGAAGUAUGCUCACCCCCAGGAAAAGAGGCUCCGCCCCAAAGCAGAGCACUACCGCCUGCCCAGGCACACUCUGGACUCCCGAUGAGGUGAAACAACCCACUGGAUUCUGAAGAAUUUAUAUUUGAAGCCUAAAAGCAAAAGAAAAAAAAAAGAAUGAGAAAUCAUCCAACUUCUUUGCAUUACUUUGAAAAGAUAUUUCUGUAAUACAGAAAUGACUAAGAGGUGUUAUGAUAAAUUAUUCUACAUACUCAUUUGACUGGUUAAACAUCAUAUAAGUUAACUAAUUUUUUUUAAAUAAGUGUAUGGUUCAAUGGUUUCACAUUAUAUUUAUCAAAAAGUGAUGAUAGGUGUAGUUUUGAGAACUUGACUGCUUUUCCAAGGCAAUUAUUACUUUACUCUUGCUAGACAUAAGAUAAUGGGAAUAUUGAUGAAAAUUUUGAGAUUUAAAUAGUCAUGGAAAAAUAAAAAUAAAUGUUUUAAUCUUUCUGAAUUUUGCCUUUCCUCCACACACAGUAUCAGAUAGUUUAAUAUUCUCAUGUUAACUGUCUGUACGUUUUAAAAAUGAUUGUAUUAGUGUUGUCAAAGCCAUGAGCCAAGGUGUGUUGUAAUUAUUGUAAACCAUGAAAGAAAAAUUGUGGUCACCUUGACAAUUGUGCCCUUCAUAAAACAUUCAUUACACCUGGAGUGAAGAGAAGAAUUAAGUGAAGGUAACUUCUCAGAAAGAUCUCAAAGAAUGUCAAAACAGAUGGACUUACAGUUAGAACUCUUAUUGAAAAAUUUUGCUGCCCUCUUCUGGUAGAAAAGUAUAUUCCUCUACAAUCUGUCUAGUAAAGAUUUGGAAGUUUCUCAGUAGUAUAUCUAAUCCAUUUUUAGAAAAAAAAAACUAACUGAAAUAACGAUGCGCUAAUGCUAAUGUCAUGCUUUAAGAUGUUAAUAACUUAUUACCUCACAAGCCAAAAAUGAUAUUAUAGCACUGAAGCUCUAUAAAAACUUAAAUUGUAUGUCUUCUAAGUAAUCUUUCCUGAAAUAUAAAAUAUAUUCCAGAAACAUAAUCUUUAUUUCUGAAAAAAAUAUUAAAGCAUUUUGCUCUGAG